AACCAAUGAAAUAAUAGCAUUGACGUCUCAAGAUCGUGCUUAAGAUGGGUCUUAAGUAAAAUUCGACUAUGAAUACCGGCCUUAAAAUAAGACUCAAAUAUGAAUACCGGGCUAUGAAUAUUGGUCAGGUAUUCAAUAACGACAAGAUUACAAGAUCACCUUAAUAUUUAUAUACGUCCUCCUGACCUUGGCAACAUCAAAGUCAAAAUCAUAUUUUUUCCAUUAUUAAUAUCCUAUCUACAAUUUUCAUCUGAAACAUUUUUCCAUAUCUAAAUCUAAAGCCAUUUCCGAGACUUAGGAAAUAAGUUAGUAGAGACGCUCUGUUUAAAAAUAAAAAUAUUAAUUUUUUUCCAGUUUACACUAUUUUAAUUAUAACAUAAUAUAAAAAUCAAAUAAAGGCAAACGAGCAUUGAGAACGCAGUACUUAUAUCCAUAAAUAUACUUAUAUUUUCAUAAUAACUCUUCAAAAUUGACGAAUUAGCUUUUUAAUACAAAAGGUUCUAUAUUUCUAAAAAAAUUAUUAUUGCUUUUCACAUUUUUACUCCUUCAGAAAUACAGAAUCGACCACCUAAAUCUAUAUUUAAAUCCAAAAGUUUGAUUAUUUCAAUCAGUAGUAGAACAAAAAUAUACAUUGCAACGAAUAUGCUCAGAUCAUAAAAUGUUAACAUAUUUAAUUGUAAAAGCAUUGUUAAAAUUCGGAUUGUCAGAAUAAGUAUAAACGUGUCAAAACCUAUAAAAAAUAACAUAACCGUGUUUCACUUUUAAUCGCGCCGCUUGCUUUUAUCUAAUUUUGUAAAAUUCCAAGAGUCUAUUUUAAAAAUAGUUAUACAUUUAUUUUGAUACUUACUAAAAUAUUAUUUUCAAUACUUUCUUCUCACCUUUGAUUUAAUAAUAAUCAAAUUAUAUUGAUAAUCUGUAUCAAUAAUAAAGACAAACCGCGGCCAUAAACAAUCUGUCAACAAUAAAGACAUCAUCCAAACGGCUAUAAAAUUUCUAAAGCUGUGUUCGCAAACGCUAGAAAUAAAAACCUUUGAUUGGUUAAUUCUCUUAUGCGUUAUACAUUAGGCUAACAUUUCAUGUAUCGUACGACAAGUUAAUUAGACUUUUCAAUUGGCGAUAAGAUAGAGCAUUUCUAGAAACUCGGAAAUCUCUCUAAUCUAUGACCAAUCGAAAACGUCCAAUCAGUUGGUCGUACAACACAUGAAAUAUUAGCUUUAUGCGUUAUGAAAAAAUCUGUGCCGGGCCCCAGAAAGUGAAAAGAUGGCGGUUAAUGAAGACGUAAUGUAAGUACAUCAUAUUGUUAAUAUUACAAAUAUUUAAGAAAUAUACACAUUCUUAGAUAUCUAUACUAAACUAAAGAAUAAAUUUAUUUUCAGAAUGAUGGAGACGGACUUGUCCGGAGACGAGAUAAUUGCACAUGCAGCUUCUGAAAUAGAGAAGCUGCAUGUGCAACAAACGACGAAUAUGCCGCCAACGGCGGCGGCGGUGGCAGGACCCUCGGCAUUGGCUCCGCCACCACCACCACCACCGCCGCCGACGGCGCCGACGACGUCGGCCCCACUACCUCUACCAUCGCCGCCGUCGACAUCGGCCCCACCAUCGUCGCAGUCGCCGUCGACAUCGGCCCUACCACCACCACCGCCGCCGACCUUACUAUCAACAAUACCGUUACCGCCGCCGCCACCGCCGAUGGCGACGGCGACGGCGACGGCGGCGGCGGCGGCGGCGGCAGCGGCGGCGUCAGCCCCACCGAUGUGGUGGGCCCCAUGGAUAUGGCCGUGGGGAAUUAUGUCACCGUCGACAUCGGCCCCACUAUCAUCGCCGCCGUCGACAUCGGCCCCACUACCAUCGCCGCCGUCGACAUCGGCCCCACCACCACCAUCAGCAUUGUUGCCACAGCAAUAUACAAGACCUCCUCGCUGGCAACGUGGAAAUAAAAAAUUUAAAAAAAGAGGCGGCGGGCAAAACCGCGGGAGAGGCCGUGGGAGAGGCCGUGGGAGAGGCCAAAACAUAUAUAUUACGUACCAAUAAAAAAGCACCUGUCCUGGGACAAAAACUCGCGCGCGUACAGUUGGCCGUGCCUCUUGAUAUAUUUUAAUUAACUGUAUUUUAACUUUUUUAAAUAAAUAUUAAGCAUUCACAUAAACACAUCACUGUGCAGUUUUGAAUUCACGUGGCCCGCAUUUUCCUUUCCAUAAGUAUAUAGGGAACAAGAAUAGCUAUUGCGGCUACUCCAGUCCACAGGUCUGGCGCAAGGAGAUGGAUCUGAGUGUGCCAUGUGCAACCUGGAGAUACGCUUACUGGAGGGUGAGAUUAGUAUUAAUAAUUUGCAACAUCAGUGAACGCGAGUCAAAAAAUUUUGAUCUAUUCGUGCAUCCAUGUGGGAGGAGUAUUUUCAUGGAGCAUUGCAAGUAAGCUAUCGAGAGCAGGUAUACCUUGAAAGUCUUCUGUGAAGGGCAGAUCAGACCUUUGAAGAACAGCAGUUGCGGUACAAUAUUAUAUUUAGACAGCAUACAGUUUUACAACCUAACUUAAAGAAUACUGUCAAAUGCGUUGCCUCAGCUAUUUAGUAUCAUAUUAAGAAUAGAACCUCGCAGCAAUAGAUCAAUAUAUUUGAUAAGAAACUGCACUCAUUAACAAUAAUAUAUCACUUCUGUAAAUCAGUGAUCAUAGUAUGAAUCUAUUUCUACCUUUAUUUCUGUAUAUAUCUACUAUAUAAUUUUUUUCACUUUCUUUUAUUUAAAAUUCUACAGUCUUAAAUUCGAUCCCCAGCUGUUCAACGUUGAAUGAUGGUACAGAUUUAACUAUGUAAGUACUUAUAUAGUCAAACAUAUCUAUGCUUAAAACAGUAUCUAACAGUAUAAAUCUAUCUUUCAGAAAGGUGGUGUUUCUGAUGAUUAUGAUAAACUUAAUUCAGAGCAUAAGCCAAUAUUCUAAAAACAUUGUUUAACCACUUAGCUCACCACUGACUAUGCUAUUAUAACGUUAUACUUUGAACACUUACUUAUGUAGAAAGAAGAUGCUGUAGAUGCUGCAAUUUAAUAUAAAUCUUUCUUCCAGUGUAUAUACCAAAUUACUUAUUACUCUCAAAUGUAAUUUUUAUGAUGUAAGAAAAUAAUAGUUUAAAGUUAAUAGCAUUGAUUGUAUUAAGUUAACAUAAUCUGGAGCAUAAGCAGAUGUAUAAAUUUAUUAAGACAUUGUUGUUUAACGUCGUUUAGCUCACCGCUGACGGUGCCAUUAUUACUAUUAUUACAUUAUUAUUAUUUAUUUUACUUAUAUUAUAUGCCAAAUAUUAUUUCUUGUUUUAUCAAUAUUUACAAUAAACUGAAUGAAAAGUGAAAUGAGAUACAGUAGAAACAACAAAAUCUAUAGAAAGUGAUAUUUGACAUAUGAGUAAAAUAAAUAAUAAUGUAAUAAUACUAAUGUUGUAAUGGCACCGUCAGCGGUGAGCUAAGCAGCGUUAAACAACAAUGUCUGAAUAAAUUUAUAUAUCUGCUUAUGCUCUGGAUUAUGUUAACUAACUUUAAACUAAAGAAUUUUCAUUAUCAUUAUUUUCUUAAAUCAUAUAAAUUACAUUUGAGAGUAAGUAAAAUUUGGCAUAUACACUGGAAGGAACAUUUAUAUUAAAUUGCAGCAUCUACAGCAUCUUCUUUCUGCAUAAGUAAGUGUUCAAAGUAAACCAACGUUAUAAUAACACAGUCAGUAGUGAGCUAAGCGGCGUUAAACAAUAUUCUUAGAAAUUUAUAUAUCUGCUUAUGCUCCGGAUUAAGUUUGUCAUAACAUCAAAAACACCAUCUCUCUGAAAGAUAAAUUUAUACUGUUAGAUACUGUUUUUAAGCACAUAUAUCUUUGAUUACAGAGUUAAAGAUAGAUACUAUUUUUAAGCACUGCAUGAUGUAUGGAAAUUUUUUUUAUCUGUAUCAUCAUUCAAUCGUUAAACAGCUGAAAUCUUAGGAUCAAACUUAUUAAGACUAUGGAAUUUUAAAUAAAGAAAAGUGAAAAAAAAUUUCAUAGUAGAUAUAUACAGAAAUAAAGGUAAAAAUAGAUUCACACUAUGAUCACUGAUUUACAGAAGUAAUAUAUUAUCGUUAAUGAGUGCAGUUUCUUAUCAAAUAUAUUGAUCUAUCGCUGCGAGGUUCUAUUCUUAAUAUAAUACUAAAUAGCUGAGGCAAUGCACGGUUUUUCAACGCACUUUGAUGAGGCACGGUAUUCUUUAAGUUAGGUUGUAAAACUGUAUACUGUCCAAGUAUAAUAUUGUACCACAACUGCUGUUCUUCUUCAAAGGUCUUAUCUUCCCUUCACAGAGGACUUUCAGGGUACACCUGCUCUCGAUAGCUUACUUGGAAUGCUUCAUGAAAACUCCUGGUACAUAGAUGCACCAACAAAUCAAAGUCCUUGCAUUCACUGAUAUGAUUGCAAAUUAUUAAUAUUAAUCCCACUCUCCAGUAAGUGCAUCUCCAGAUUGCACAUGGCACACUUAGACCCAUUUCCUUGCACCCGACCUGUGGACUGGAGUAGAUGCAACAGCUAUUCUUGUUCCAUAUAUUAUUUUGCAUAUGGAAAGAAGAAUGCAGGCCACGUGAAUUUGAAACUGCACAGUGAUGUUUGCGUGAAAGCAGUACGUUUUGAGUUAAAUAGCUUGGGCAUCAGAGUACUGGGUACUACUUUUGCUUGCCAACAUUAUCCUCUUUUUUUUUAUAAAUCACGAUUUUGACUGCUUAUCCAUGGUAGUAUACCCUUAGAGCGAGACACUUUUUCUUGUCUUUUUUUAAUUUAAUCAAUGGUAGGACGUAUAAACUUAGCGCGAGGCACUUCUUCCUCUCUUUCUUUUAAAACUAAAAAUAAAACAUAACACAAAGAAUCAAUCUUAUUUCGGAAUAUUUAUUUCAUACAAAAAAUGAAAAUUUUGUGUAACUUAUCUGAUAAUUUUCAAAUUAGGCAUAGCCAUAUUUUCUUCCAUGAUGUAAUCUACGAUGUAAUAUAAAAAAUAUGCAUAAAACUAAAUGAUGCAUAAUAAUAAUAAAAAUUAACUCGUCAUUAACCUCGCGCAUGUCAACAAGACACUAACCUCGAACUGUCACAUGAUUAACCUCAUUACCUCAAUACACGAAUAUACGGACGGCGCGCCGAUCGCCAAUCGCGAUACAGAUGGUUUGUUCUUUUUCACUGCACUGCUGCACUGGUGCAGUAAGUUAGAACACUAGUGUAGCAAUAUAGCUAAAAGGAACAAACCUAUAGUUACUCGUGGGCCGUGUCAAUUCGUAAGCCAUCUAUCGCGCGGAAAGCAACAGUACAAAAUACAAACCGCCGCCAUUUGUCCUGGCGGCCGGGCGACGACGAUAAUGACUACGACGUUUCUUAAACAGAUUUACUCUUGAGCGAAAAACUUUAAUCGCAAUAUCUUCGCUCGUAAGUUACGUAGCGGAAAAAUAAAAAUACUUUCAUUAUAUAAAUCGGAUCCAAGCUAUCCAUUAAACUUAUUUAGAAAUCAAUCGAUUCAGCCGUUAUUGAAAAUCCGAUAAUUACAGAAAAUCGCAAACGGCGUCUCGCGUAAAAGAAGCAGCGGUGGUGCCUCGCUGCGCGUACACUUGGCGCGAGGCACUACCGUGCCUCUUGAUAAUUUUUUAUCAAUGUUUUCGUUAUCAAAGAUUUAACAGUACGAUACAAUUCGAUAAGAAACAAAGUUAGAAUUGUAUGAUACUGUAAAUAAGAUAUUUAAGAAAAAGAAAGAAUCUAUCGUGAAUGUACCAAAAAUUUUAAUUAAUUUACUAUAUUCAUAAUUAUGUCAUUUGUCAUGAAUGUGUGUAACGACGCGAGUCAUGGCGCGGUGCGGUGGGACGCGAGAGCGGCCAUUGAUGCGAGUCUAGACGCGGUGCGGUGAGACGUGGGAGCAGCGAAGCACAGAGCGGCGCGACUCUCCCUCUUCCCCCCGGCCGCCGGCGCCAAUACUCGAGACAGUGGGCCGUGCUACGGCUCGAGCGGCUCGAGCUCUUCCUUCCGCGCGCUCUCAUUCGCACAAUUAAAAAAAUUUAUAUCUCGAUUAUUGGUAAACCAAACCCAAACAAUAUUGGGUAUUUAUGUUUGUCUCGAUCCCUUCUACCUCUUUACAAGCAUUGGCGUGGGUGCUCAGGGACACCCUGUAUAUGCGCAUAUAUUUUAAAUUUUUUGUGCAUAUAAUCCGAAGUUUAUUGAUAACUGUUUUCGAAAUACAGAUUUUGAAAUAAUCUCGUGUUAAAAAUUAGCAAGUGAAUUUCAGGUCUUGAAUAACAAAUCGCAAAAGUUAUGUUUUGUUUUGAAGAAAAAAAACUUUUUUUUAUACAGAAUUAUCUUUACUGAAAAUCAGAUUUUGAUUUAAAACGUUUUGAUUUCGAAUAUAAAAUGCCGCAGCAUUUAAUUGAAGUUCAACAUGCGCAAAUUGUUGCCCUUUUACAAGAAGGAAAUACGGUAUGUUGCGGAAAAAAUGCAAAUUCCUCGUUCUACAAUUUUCCGUGCUCGGAAAAAUUUCCAAGAAAGAGGAAGAUUUGAUCGUCGUGAAGGUUCUGGUCAGAGACGAAUUACUACACCUAGAGAAGACCGUCAAAUCUUGGAAGAAUUUUUGACGUAAUUAUCAGAAAUCAUUUACACAAGGCAGGUCUGCAUUCACGCAGCAGAGUUUGACUUUUAGCGCUAACUCAACAACACCGUCAACUGUUUCAUCCUCCUAUGAACUUAAUGGGACGAUGGCUCAGAUAUCUGGAGAGACCACCAACUAAUUUCCACGACCUGUCUACUGAUAGAACUACUAAUGCGAAUUUUGAAUGAAAUACCGCAACGAGAAAUCCAAGCAUGCAUCAACAUAAAAGACCAUUUGCAACAAGUCAUUAGACAAUGAGGAAGAAACACCAUUAUUAAACAAACACAUGCUCAUAGACAUGUACACAACAUACACAUACUCAACAUAAAAAAUAAAAAUUUCAUUUAAAAAAUCGGUCCUUUUCAGGGUCACUUGAUAUGCAAAAUCCAACCGUCAACCUCCACGUAGUGUAUAUUGGGUCAUUCUGAUGACGACAGUAUGAUUGAGUUAAACACGAAUAAAAUUAAUGUGCAAUAUAUUGAUAUCAUUUCAAUAAAUGGUAUCCAAAAAACUGUAUUUAUUCGCUAAAAUACUCUAAAAUACAGUGCUAAUUUCAAACUCGUGCAUAAUCAACAAAAAACAUCGUAUUGACAUGUAUUUUUUCUUAAAUUGCUUAGUAAAGAAUACGCUUUAAAAAUCUGGAUUAAUAUUAGCAAGAUUUUAACGAAAAACUUGUGAAAAAUGAUAACAAACUUUUACUUUUUUCAAUAAAAAAUACAUAUGUUUGUUUUUCAUACAUGGUUUUCAUAUGAUAUAAAAAGGUCACACUUAACAAGUUAAACUUUCGCCUAAGGAUUCUUAAAGUAGAGUCUUUGCCCUUUAAUUAAAAAAAAAUUCAUAUAAUUUGGAUGAUUUUUCGCAAAGUUAUACCACUUUGAAACCCAGCUAACCAUUUGCUGCCAAAUUGUCAGCAGACUGCUAAAAAUUUCUUGCGGAAUCAGAUUGCCAAAACCAUGGCCUACUGUGUCCUCGAGUGCGCCCAAAUUGCAAGCAAAAAUUGUUAUCAAAUCCUGAUAUCAAAUUGGGUGCAACACCAGAGCAGACCUGUCACUAGCAAUACAAUGACAGAUUCACGCAGCAAAUUGAGAACAGAUGUUGCAACGUAAACUCACAGCAGAUUUACGCCAAAUAUGCAACAGAUCUGUAUUCAUAAAUGAUGACAGAUUUGUCGAAUCUUUUCAUUCCUUCUUUCAUCACAGUUAUAAUUUUAUUUGAGAAUCGAUGUAAGCAAUCUCCUGAGAAGAUUUAUUAAUUCAGGAGUAAAAACAGAUUAAAUAAUUUACCCAACCCUCUCCUUAGCAUCUAAUAUUUCCUAUAGGAGGGUCUCAAUUGACCUAUCUAUUUUCUCCCUUUAUAUCGCAGGUAUAUCAUCUAUUCUAGGUGCAAUUAAUUUCAUUAAAUUUCUUUGUAGUUAAAUCUCACUCCCAAAAAAA